AUGUACGGAAUGCUACUAGAGAGCGUGCAACAUUUUGUGCAGCUUGAAUAUGGAGAAUUCGUAUGGCGCCAGGCGUUGCUCACUACGGGAUGUAAAAACACUGUUUUCAAUACACAUCAGCUGUAUCCUGAUAGUCUGAUACCAGAUCUCGCCGCAGCCCUCUCGGCCAUAACGGGAAAGCCAUUCGAUGAAUUUAUGAUAUUUUUCGGUCGGUGCUUCGUGAGAUUCUUCAGCAAUUUCGGUUAUGAUGAGCUGAUCAAGGCAACGGGGCGGUACUUUUGCGAUUUUCUCCACUCGGUCGACAACAUUCACCUGCAGAUGCGUUUCACGUACCGCAAGAUGAAGAGCCCUUCCAUGCAGCUCACGGAGGUGGAUGAAAACGGGGCCGUCCUGGUGUACAGAAGCACGCGGACCGGCUUUUCGAAGUAUCUGCGCGGGCAGCUGCUGGAGAUCGCUAAGCAACUGUACGGCAUGGACGUCAGCAUCAAGGUGUUGGAGAGCCAAAACGACACGCCAGGCGGCACGUCUGGUCCGAUCUCCAUACAGGGUGGGCUGAAAACGGUCAUCGUCAAGUAUCGGCUGGAUUUUGACAAUCGAGAAUACAUGCAACGGCGCGUUCACAUUAAAGCACACCCGUCGCAGCUUCAGCUGACUCCGGUGAAUAGCAAGCUGCUGUUGAGCCUUUUCCCAUUCGCGCUGAUUCUUAACGAGGAAAUGAAAAUCACCGCCGUAGGUGAGAAACUCAUCGAAUCGUGGAUGCUGAACAACGUCAAUCGCUCCCCGACGGAGCUGUUGGGCGCGAAAGUGACGGAGCACUUUAAGCUGCGACGACCGAGCGGAAUUACCUUCACCUGGGAAAACAUCAAACGCCUACAGACGGUUUUGUUCGAGAUCCAGCUGCUGAAAGGCUCGUCAGCGAAAGGAUCGAAGGAACCCGCGAAGGCAAUCGAUCAGAAUGCGACAUCUUCUCAGGUAGACACCAGCUCAUCGACUGAAGACGCGACGAAAAUCAUGACCUCCAUUCCCCGGCGUGGAUCUCAGGGAUUGCGAAGCAUUUUGCUGAAGGGAGAAAUGCGCUACAUCAAAGAUAUCAACUCUCUUGUUUUCCUGUGCAGUCCACUCAUUAACAACCUGGAGGAGUUGCGCGAAAUGGGUCUCUACCUGAACGAUCUGAACCCGCACGGGCUUAGCCGGGAGAUGGUUUUCUCCGGCUUUUCGCAUUACUCCCGGCUCGACUUGAUGUGUGAACGGGAAGAGCAGCGGGCGGAGGAACUUGAGACAUCGUUGGCCCUUGCAGAUUCCUGGAAGCGGCAAGGAGACGAGCUACUGUACUCCAUGAUUCCUCGUACGAUCGCUGAACGGCUGCGCGAGGGCCAAAAUCCACACGAAACGUGCCAGAGCUUCGAGGAGGUGACAGUUCUGUUUGCCGAGGUGCAGGAAACGAUCACUGGCGAUGACUCGAUCAAGUACGCCAUGACGACAGUAAACACGCUGAAUGCCGCAUUCAGCGCAUUCGACGAACUGAUCCACUCACCAAUGGCCUACAAGGUAGAAACCGUCGGAAAAGUGUACAUGGCCGUCAGUGGUGCUCCAGAUAUAAACCCUUGCCAUGCGCAGCACAUGGCCGAUCUGGCGUUAGAUAUGCUGCACAGCAUUCGCAAGCUGAAUCUUCCUGGAGUCGGAGUGAAGAUUGGUUUUCAUUCGGGCCCGAUAGUGGCCGGUAUUGUUGGGCUGAAGGUGCCCCGGUACUGUCUUUUUGGCGACACAGUAAACACAGCCUCGCGGAUGGAGAGCAGCGGAGAAACGGAUUGCAUUCAGGUUUCCGGCUACACAGCCCAAAAGCUUAAGAAGUUGGGCUACGGACUGUCCUACCGAGGGAAAGUGGCCGUAAAGGGUAAAGGCGACAUGGAAACAUUUUGGUUGGAGAGUCCAGCACCAAAAAAGAAAUAG